AUGGCCGACGUGCCCAAGAGUGAUAAACUGCAGCCCAAUGCUGGACAGUCGUGCCGAGAAUGUCGACGUCGCAAGGGAAAAUGCGAUGGGAAGAUGCCAGUGUGUUCCGUCUGUCAGCGAUACAAUCGACACUGUCUCUACGACAAACACAGUCGAUCGUCCUUGACGAGAAAACACCUCACCGAGGUGGAAGAACGAUUGGAAAAGGCUGAAGCCCUGCUCAGAACUUUCUUCACCGAAGCCGAGCUAUCUCAAAUGCUCAUUCAUGGAGUCUCACAACAGGGAUCCGAACCAUCUCCCCAAAGGCCAAUCACUCAACAACCCAGACUCUCGAGCGAUACUGCCUUCCCAGGAGGACCGAGUUUUCCCACGACCAGUCCAGACCCCGAUCAAAAAUUCGACUUCCAUCUCUUCGACUCUUCCCGAAGUCCAGCUAGCGAGAGUGGUGCCGCCUUUGAAAAUCUCCCAGGUGCCGACGACGACUUUGAGUGGGAUGAGCGCGAUCCGUCCUGGAACUUGGGGGAGUUGGCAGGUGGUGGUGGCGGAGGAGGUGGAGGAGGUGGUGGUGGUUUUGGCGCGUCGACCUCGGAGAACGACCCAGACUCGGACGUGCCCAAGAUCACCGACGGCAUGGCUACGCUCACGACGGACGAUUCACACACUGGCUUCUAUGGAUCGGUGUCGGGAGCCGCGCUUCUCCGCCUCAUCUGGAUGGGCAAUGCCGGCGGCGGCGGCGGCGGUGAAGGAUCAUCGUCCCUUCCGUCCACAUGGCUCCAGACGCAACCACUCAUCACCCGCCAAGUGGUCGACGGCAUGGUCGACGCCUACUUUGCCUACUACCACCCGACCUUUCCAAUCCUCCACCAACCCUCCUUUCGCCAACAGUACUCCAAAAUGAGUGGGCGUCCUGGGCCGAACACUUUUCACAUUUUGGUCAAUCUGGUCGCCACCCUCGGCGCCUUUGUGUCCAGGAGCGGCACCGAUGACACCCACGCCACGCUCUUCAACGCCGUCAAGGCGAACCUGACCAUUGUGUCUUUGGAAACUGGAAGUCUCAGUCUCGUCCAAGCAUUCGCCAUGGCCGCCAACUAUCUCCAAAAGAGGAACCGACCCAACAGCGGAUACAACUACGGAGGUAUCGCUCUGCGCUUGGCCACCUCCCUGGGCCUCCACAAGGAAUUCCACGGCUGGCAGGCGACACCUUUCAAGAAGGAAGUCAGGCGAAGGGUAUGGUGGUCCUUGUGUGUCCUUGACGUCGGUGCCACAGUCACGUACGGCCGUCCUUUGAAUUGGCCACAAGUUGGUGUCGAGACUGCUUUUCCACUAAAUAUUCAUGAACAGGACCUUGAACCAACAUCUACAUCCUUCCCACCCGAAGUCAAUGAAACGACUCUCUACACCUACAUCACCACCCAAUCACAAUACCACCUCCGCACGAUCCGGAUAUACAAUCGAUUGAUUUCGAACCCUCUCCCUUCGGCAGCUGAACUCGUGUCCCUGGACGACGAACUCGUCGGGGGUUGGCUCGCCGGUCUGCCAGAGUUCUACAAUGACAGAGACUUGCCCUUGUCCAGCGAAUAUCUGUUGGGUCACGAAAUCGGUCGAUGGCGUUACCGCCUUUUGCGGAUCAUAAUGUACCGGCCGUUCCUGAUACGAUGGACCCAGGACGGUCUGGCGUCGGACGCAUCAAAAUCUUCCUCCUCGCCUGCGACCAGUACGACACCUUCCGCCGAAAGAAUCGCCACGAGUCGAUGUUUCAAGGCCGCCGAGGAGUGCAUUUCUUGCAUCUUUCGAUUCUGGUCGAUAGGAACCCAUACCAGAUUGGCGGCCUGGUACGUACUGUACUUCUUACUCCAAGCCGCCUUGAUCCCGAUCCACUGUCUCCGACGGAUUCCCGGACACCCCGACGCACCGUCAUGGAGAAAACAGGUUCUCACCGCCUUGAACGUCAUCAAUGCAAUGACAAACCUAAACUCCAGCGCCAACAAGUGCAGGGACAUCAUUUAUAGAUUAUGCGGCGAUAGUUUGACGACACCUACGCGUCAACAAUCCGUGUCACAACCACACCAACCUCAUCAGCCGCAUCAACAGCAACCACAUCCUCGACAAGACAGUUGGUCAAGCUAUAUCAAUGAUCCCAACUUUGGCGCCGCUGCCGCUGCCGCACACGCACAAGGCUUUUCAUUUUUGGGUGGUGACGGAGACUCGAGUGACACUGGCUUCAACAACAACAAUAAUAACAAUCAUCCUUGGUUGACCGAGAUCGACACAGCCAUCGACGGUUACGACGUUUACAUUAACCGUUUGAGUAAUGCGGCCAUGGCCGGGAUGGGAGGAGGUGGCAGUGGCAACGUCAAUCACCAGCAGCAACACACUGAGCAUGACAUCGGCGGCGCCAUGUUCAGUACUGACGGCACCGAAAUCGGGACCGGUGUACAAGAUUGGGAUUGGAAUUUGAUGUUGACGUAA